GCUGAUACGGUCAUUGUACGGAAGGUCACCGACAACAAUGGGAGACAUGCAGGUUCAAUAUGACAGGUGGCUGUGCCAUGUCGAGGGGCUUUGUUGACGGGCCCUACUGUGGUCCGAGUCGAGGCUUGGGCUUCGUCUUCUGGUCAACAUUGACCCGCCGGAGCACUGUAGUCAGACGUAGAAGGUCAGAAAAGGUGCGAGAUGAUUCUCAGGUUGGGAUCAUGAAGAAGCCCGUGGUGGUGACAGUUGGGGGUAUACUUAUAUAUGUGGCUGUCAUCCGAAAUGAAGCAUGAUGGUCCAGAGUGGUCGUCCGUGAUAGACGGCCCUGAGCAAUCUUGGCAGAGCACCUGGGUAGAGAUCCUCCGAUUCGCGGUAUUUGCUCCUCAAAAAUGCGGGAGCUGCAGCAUCGAAUCAUCCACGAGCUGGGGAGCGGCGGUUUCGGCACCGUGUACAAAUCCCGCCUCAUGCCCUUCGGCCGUGUCAUCGCCGUCAAGGUCCUACAUAAAGGAGACCAGGAAGACGAGCAAUGGGAAAAAUCGACAGACCUGGCAUACAAGGGAGAGGGGACCAUCCUGCCCAGUCUCAACCACCCACAUAUCAUCCGAGCCUUCCACUCCCAGGGCUGGGGCACCCCGCAGGUUGAGAUCUUCAUGGACCUGAUGGACGGCACGCUCGCCGAUCUCGCCUGGUCGCUUGUCCGGCCGUACCGCGCCCUGGCGGACACCGUCCUCUGCCAGAUCCUCCAGGCUCUCGACUACCUCAACGGCCUGGGACUCGUCCACCGCGACGUCAAGCCGCAAAACAUCUUUUACACGCGUCCGCCUCGUCCGUUCCCCGGUAGUACGACCCCGGACAGCACCAUGCUCCUCCUCCGCCACCACCACUUCCGGCUCGGUGACUUUGGCCUCUGCGACAGCGAGUCGGCCGUUUCGGCAGCCCUCUCCCCGCGCGGCAGCUACCCGUACAUGGCGCCGGAGCUGCUGGCGACGCCGCGGCCGCGGCACGCGCAGUCGCAUAAGUCGGACGUGUGGGCGCUCUACGUGACCGUCUUGUGGACGCUGAAUGUGAGGGGCUUGCGGCGGACCAUGGAGAGGACGGGCGUAAUUGGGGAGGUGCUGGCCGACGAGGUGUUUUACCUGGACAAUGGGCUGCAGCAUCUGGAGGGUAUGGCGCAGGUCAAUCCGCGGCACAGGGCGUCGGCGAGGCGGAUGUUGAAGACGUUGGGUUGGAAGAGGCCUGUUGAGUGAACGUCUGGUGGUGUAUCAAGGGGAUAUUUUGUUGGAGUCACUGGUUUGGUUAAGGGGCUGUUGGAUAGAAUUCUAUGGCGAAUAGACGGCGAAGCAUGCUUGUGGUUGAGAACGGCUGGCA